CGUACCAGCCUUGCCAGGCUCGAAUCAACACACCUUUAGAGUCGUAUAAUCCUAACAUCUCACAACCGUUGACGUCUUUUGCUUACCUCGAAUGUCUUCCUUGAUCAGCACAUGUAGCGUUAAUUUUCCCGCUAUUUUGAUUUCCCGAGAAUCUGGCUCAUGGCGCCGCCGCCGUUAAAACGCCAGAAGACCAAUCCUACCACGGUACCGCCUGCGCAGGCACAGGCACAGGCCGCCAACGUACCUCUUCCUCCGGAGUCUCCAACGGCCUUGUCCACUACGAAGCCUGCCACAUCAAAUCAGGGAGAUCACCGAGCGUCAUGGAUCACGCGGACAUGGCCUCGCAAGGCUCGGCCUCUCGCAGAGGUUGCUCGUGAGAGCGUCUCGUCUGCAUCGAACGCCCUCCAAGAGGUUGCUUCUGUCACGAAAGAUAGAGUCCGACCACAGAGGUCACCGUCUCUGGCCAUGGCGUUGGGAAAGACCACCUCAAACCGAUCGUUACCCGUCGAUGCUACUACGACUACAGUCAAUGCAACGGCCGAGUCUGCAACACCAAAUGGCAAGAGAAGACCGCAAGGGGCUUCCGAUAGUAAUGAUAGCAAGACGAAGGAGGAACCUGCUACAGAGCUCACGGCCCCCAACGGGGAGCAGAAGCCUGACAAAGAAGAUAGCAGCGAACCGGCUCUGCAACCGGCCGCUCCGGACACAACCUCUCUUUCGUCUGAGCAAGCUCAAAAUGCACAAGCAAGUUGGCUAGGCUGGCUUGCUAGAAGGGAUGGCUCUGUUGCGCACCCUCCAGAUACACAGCCGGCGCCCGGUCCGAACACACCAGCCACGACAGCAGCCACUACCGCAGCCGAUAACACCGAAAGCGGCAUACAGCCUGAGCCUGAAACAACUCAACAAGAAGCACAAGGUGAUGAGGCCGGCACCAACAAAAGGAGCUGGUAUCAAAUGUGGAAUGGCGGCGAGGCACCUUCCACCCCAAGUCAGAAGGAUCAGGCUCCAGCAACAGCAGCCAGUGUUCCCACAUCCAAAACUGCGGAAAGUGCGGAACCCGCAUCAAACGUCGACAUUCCGGCAUCAAGCACAUCCUCGAAGCCCAACUCGCAAGCGUCGUCCAUCGUGACUUCGGCACCUCCGCCACUGUCCGGAGAUGGGUCCAAGUCUUCCGGCUGGGUAUUUUGGUCCCGCGACAAGAAAGUACCAUCUGCCACAAAAUCCGACAACGACCCUCAUGUAGGUGAAAUAGCCAUCUCGGAUACGCCAUCGCAGGCAAAACCAAAACGAGCAUCAAUAAGUCUAGACGAUGAAGCGAAACCUGUGCUGAAGCUAUCACUGCAAGAAGAUCGAACAAGGAAAGCUACGUCAGAUAAGGUUGCAACGCCAAAGCUUACACCGGUAGAGCAACUUGUCGCACAGCCUGCGAAACACGAGAGGAAAACGAGUACAGUGAAGGAUGGAUCAACCACCAAAGCUGAGUCGUCAAAUGCCACCGCGGUUGCCAGAGAACCAAUCGAAAUCGGUACACCGAGGAGGGGCUCGCCAGCUCCAUCCAAGAUUAGACAGCCCGAUCUACUGCUACCGCCACUCAAAGAGACCCUGACCUACGAGGAACAGCCUUCCAUUAUACAGCAACUUGCAAGAUUGCUGUAUUACACCAAAGAGCCACACCUCAAGCAUCUACAUCUGGUCCGCGAUCCACCACGAAUACAAAAUGCUCUCGCCAUUGGAGUUCAUGGAUAUUUUCCUGCUCCUUUAAUUCGAAGUGUGCUUGGUCAACCUACCGGUACAUCUAUCAAGUUUGCUGAUAUGGCGGCUAAGUGCAUCAAAAAGUGGACAAAAGACCAUGGCUAUGAGUGCGAGGUGAAAAGUGCUGCGCUCGAGGGAGAGGGUCGCAUUGCAGAGCGAGUCGAGCUUCUCUGGAAGUUGUUGCUCAAUUGGAUCGACGAGAUUCGCAAGUCAGACUUUGUCAUGGUCGCUUGCCACAGUCAAGGCGUACCCGUUGCGAUCAUGCUGGUGGCAAAGCUCAUACAGUUCGGUUGUGUCAGUGCCGCUCGUGUGGGAAUCUGUGCGAUGGCGGGGGUUAACCUGGGACCAUUCCAAGAAUAUAAGUCUCGUUGGAUCAGCGGUUCCGCAGGUGAGCUCUUUGAGUUCUCUAAUCCGAACAGCAAAGUGUCGUCUGAUUAUCUAGAGGCGAUGGAGGUGGUUUUGAAGUUUGGAGUUCGCCUAACAUUCGCCGGAAGCAUUGACGACCAACUGGUGUCGAUGGAGUCAUCGACGUUUGCUCCUCUCACUCACCCGCAUAUUUACAGAGCUGUGUUCAUUGAUUCUCGCGUUCAUGCACCGAACUUUUUAUCACAUCUUGUUGGCUUUGUGCUGAAGCUACGCAACGUUGGAGUGCCAGAUCAUGGCCUGAUUCGAGAAUUGUCCACACCUCUGGCCGGCAGUCUGUACGGCGGCGAGGGGCACUCACGCAUCUACGAAGAUGAUGCCGUCUAUGAUGUUGCCAUUGCAUUCGCUUUGGAGACAAACGCUCUAAAAGACGUACCGAUAUCGAAGAGACAGACCAACAAUACGACUGCGAACCCAUAUGUACUACCAUUUGCUAUGCGCGGUAUCCUGGAGGAAGAUUACGUGAAGACAGAGCUGCAGAAUGAGGCUCAACAACUGCUGGCCCAGUUUGAUGAUUGGAAGCCAACGACCAAGGCGCUCAGGGACGUGAAAUUCAGGCUUGAAGGGAUUAGGUCAAAGCUGUGAGACAACUCAGCAGCCCGCUUUAAAUGAACGAAGUAAUGAUAUCUGCACUAACAACUCGCGAAGGUACGCAUGGCGUACGUGUACAA